UUUGUGAGGUUAUUCUCAGUUGUAGGGGAAAUAAGUUACGGCCCUAUGGCCGCGAAGCAACCUCGCCGUCGUAUCGUAGGCUCAAGCAGCUUCCAUGUAUGUAUCAAAAGUCCCGAGCCAGACACGUAUCCUCUGGCCAAGAUCUUUGAUCUCAGUCGCGUACCUCCCCCAUGGGCUCUUCCUCACACCUCCUAUAAUGCACCUCAUUUGGGCGAAUCGCCACCGUCACAGUUGCGUCGCCUCUUUCCUUCUGCGUUAUCUAAAAAGUGGAAGGAAUUUAGUUUGGUAUUUAUAAAUCACACAAAUCCUUCCCUCUUUCAGAUGGCGCAGAAGCAAAGUAGCGAUGCGGCGAUGACCGUGGCAAUUUUUCCAGAUGAAGUGCAUUAUAGAGUUGUGAGGAAGAGGCCACAGGGGAGUUACGCAGCUGAGAUCAAAGAUCCUGGCCAGAAGACAUGUGUAUGGCUCGGGAUUUUUGAUACAUCUCUGAAAGCUGCUCGGGCCUCCGAUAUGGCGGCGAGGCUGUUUUGCUCCCUCAUGACUGUAACUAAUUUCUCCCCUACAACUGAGGAUAACCUCAGAAAUGCGAAAGAUUUUAUGGAAAAGCUUAAUCCUAAGAAUUCUAGUAAUAAUAACAAUUUCAAUCAGAGCGGCGCUAUAGGAUCGUCUUCCAGAUCUAGCGCGGUGCGCUGACAACGCAUGAUAAAUUCUAUUUUGAGGCUUUGACAAGAGCUGGAGUCAUACUUUGAGACGGCGGUGACGAGUGAGGGAUAGACGACGACCAAGAAUAGAAAAGACAGCGAAGGAUUCUGAAAAAAAAAAUAGCAAAAGAGAGAUUUUCUUUUUUAAAAUUUCAUCUGGUGCCGCGUAUCGAUUUAUCAUGUUUGUCAUGUCACAACGUGUGAAAAUCACACAUUUUAUUUUGUUGAUAGAUUUUCUGUUAGAGGCUGAAUAGGCACAUUGACUUGAGUUAAGGCGUUCAAUGGGAAAAACUCUUAGCAUGAGUGUCUAAAUGAAAAAUUUAGACAAAUUUAAGGGGCGACAUAUGUACUCAGCCUAAAACAUAUAACUAGAUCAUGUCAAUUUGUAGAGGCACCUUUUGUUGUUAUUAGACAAAUUUUUCCUCUAGUUUUUGUCUAUUUCUUGGUCACAA